GCUGUAUCCUAGGCUGAUGCUCCUGAAUCGCUGAUUGACUACGAUUGACGUGUUCGUGAGCAAUCAUUCAAAUCCAAAGAUUGAAGUGGCGCAUUCAGCUGUUGAGAGCUUGCAGCCAAACUUUUAGUUCUUUCACCUCAGCUGAAUCUGCUGGUCACUGGCAGCUGAAUGAAGGCUAGAGUUGCAACAAAGACAGGUAUGCUAGCAAUGUUGUGAUCAAUGUUGACUAGACGCUGAGAGCGGAAGCAGAAGCUAGCGGAUCAAAGCCAGAAGGCUGAUUUUUGUACGCUCAGAAGCGUCCCAAUUAAAAGUCGGGGGGUAAGCAGCCUGAGGGUUCUAGCAGUAUGUCUGAAGCAAAGCUUCCGGUCCUCUGUUUUUACGGCCAAUCAUUGCGAGUCCACUCUCUGCAUCGAUUCAGCUGUUGUCCAGGCAAUCAGGCUUUGAUGUGCUUCGUGACAGGUGUCCGCACAUUUGAGUGGGAUCAGGAAUCUUCAGGUCAGCCACAUUAAUACAGUCAAAGAAGCAGUCCCAAGCAGCUCUAGUCUCUGAUUGUAUCGCAAACGAUGCCUGCAUUCGGCCUAUAUAAGGAGAACCUAUCAGACAAAGUGGACAUCCACAGAUCUGAACACCCUAUUCCGCCCUCUCCUCAAUCACCAGCGUCGCAACUAACCCCCAGCUCGGCGCCAUUCCACAUCCCAAAGCUGCUCCAAUGGCUGCCACGUCAGCAAGAUCGACAGCUCUGCCCGCAUUCGUUGCUGCGGCGAUCCUUCUGAUGGGAUUGGUGUCUGCUGUUCCGGACCCUGCUUUGUGCCCCUUUGAGCUGGGCUACAACCCGACCUUCAACGCCGAUGGCUCCAUUCUCUCCUGCACAAAAGGCCAGGAAACGUUCCAGGUCGACGAGGCGGGCAUCCUCGCGCGCUCGCUGCGCGGCAUCGGCGCAAGCUCCCUGGGCCUCAUCAGCGGAAUCAUCGACGGAGAUCUGACCGUCGUGACUAAGUUCGUGGAGCCAAACGCGAUCUUUGACCUCCCCGGUUUGGGCCCCACGCCGAUCGGCCCCGCUGUUUUCGCGUUUGCGGCGCAGGAGUUUGUGUUCCCCCCCGGCGCCGACAAGAGCGCCGUUUUCCAGCUGUCGCAGUACCACUUUCUGGACAACAAUGACCCGCGCGUGGCGAGCGUGCACGUGACCGUCUUCGCAGCGACCAAGACGAUCGACUACGACUCCGUGUGGCGCUUCAACCUGGUGGACGGUCGCCGGGUCUGGCAGCUUCAGACCACCUCCAACAUCAAGCUGGUUCCGAGGAACUAGGGCGGGGAGAAAAUCUGCCGCUGGGAUAGGGCAUGGUGGAUAUGAUUGUGAGUGAAUUGAACGAAGAUUGUGAGAAAACUAGUGGAGAGACUGUUGCUGUUGAGAUCGAACAGGAGCUAGAAGCACCAACCCGCUCCUAGUUGACCAGAGAACAGCCAUGUUCGCUUGAAUUGAACAGCACUCUUAUGACAAAAUUAUGAGAACACGAUUUGGUUUCCAACACUGCCCGCAUAAACAACGGUUUAAAGUUUUGCCGUUCGAGCCGCACCCGCCAGCCUGACCGUCUGAUCCGACGUAUUGCUCUAGUCCUAC